AGAUGCGUGUUUUAUGGUUUGUGUGUAUGUGGAACAGUGGAUAGUUUCGUGUGGAGCAAGUAUACUUACGAGAUCAUAGCGCGUGGAAAUGGGACCGGCCUACUGGGCCUAGACGAUGCGGCGGGGCGGGGCGAAGCGGGAGGGCGACCGCGGGGCUCCCCGCUGCCCGCACUGCCCACGCUGCCCGAGCUACCUGCACCUGCCGUCGCGCCACAUGCGCCUGCACUGCCUCUAUUGCACCUGUUAAAAGCGUUGAUAUUUCUUACCAUCAUCCUAGGGGCUUUAUUAGGCAAUGCCUUGGUGAUUGUCUCCGUUCAUCGACAUCGGAAACUGCGUGUACUCACCAACUACUAUGUGGUUAGCCUGGCGCUGGCUGAUAUGCUGGUGGCAUUAUGUGCGAUGACCUUCAACGCUAGUGCAGAGCUCAGUGGUUCCUGGCCCUUUGGUCCGCUAGUAUGCGACAUCUUCAACUCCUUGGACGUAUAUUUUUCAAGUGCUUCGAUCCUGCAUUUGUGCUGCAUUGCCGUUGAUCGGUACUUUGCCAUCGUACGUCCCCUUGACUAUCCGCGGACAAUGACGCCACGUACAGUCGCUUUAAUGCUGACAAAUGUGUGGUUAUGGCCAGCACUUAUUAGUUUUGUACCAAUUUUUAUGGGUUGGUAUACUACAGAGCAGCAUCGUGACUUCCGGAAGGCGCAUCCUGACCAAUGUACAUUCCGUGCCAAUACGGCCUAUGCACUUGUGUCGUCUAGCGUGUCUUUCUGGAUACCAAGUGUGGUGAUGAUAUCAAUGUACUGCCGCAUCUUUCGAGAAGCAGUCCGGCAACGGGCGGCCUUGGCGCGAACUUCUUCUAAUAUGCUCUUAAACUCUGUACAUCGACAAAGAGCUCAGUUGUCUCAGCGUCUUCGCCCUCCAGUGCCAAGUCCAUCUCCGAGUCCUGUUCCAAGUGCCCAUACCGAGUUACCCGAUUUAACUGACCUGCCUGACGCACCUGAGCCGUGCCCAAGUCCAGAAGCUAGUCCUCGGCGCUCAGAUGCAGGAAGCUCUGGCUAUUGUUCGGGUGGAUCGCAUAAAGUGCCAAUACCAGUCCGAACGAGUUGCACUUCUGACAACAAGGAAUUUUCGAAGACUGCCACUGAACUUAAUUCACAAGGGGCGACGCUACGAGCGGCUGGAAAGGCGUGGCGAGCUGAACAUAAGGCAGCCCGAACACUCGGCAUCAUUGUUGGUGCUUUUCUACUUUGUUGGCUGCCUUUCUUUCUGUGGUAUGUGAUAACAAACGUGUGUGGUGACCCCUGCGCAACGCCGGAUGCAGUAGUGGGCGCUCUCUUCUGGGUUGGUUACUUCAACUCAGCAUUAAACCCUCUCAUCUAUGCCUACUUCAACCGGGACUUUCGUGAUGCUUUCAAGAACACCCUUCAAUGUGCUCUGCCGUGCUGUUUCCGGUGCUGGAAGGACUCACCGAAUACACACUUCGUCUAAGAUUCAGAAUUAAAGCGUGUGAUUAUUAUCUUAAUAUUAACUUGUAACAGAAAGCAAACCAUUCGCUAGUUUCAUUGAUUUUUUCUGUAAUCAUUCAAAACAUGCGGCAUCUUAUAUUAUAUUCUAUUGAAAUCAAACAAUAAUUUAAAUUCGUUAUACAAGGUUGUUUGUUAUACCCUAUUCUCUUAAUAGAAUGUAUUAUAUUUAAAAAAGGUUUAGAAUAUGUGCGAAAUAAAGUAAAUAGCGUGAGAUUUUGCAGCUUUUGUCGUGAGAAACCUUAUUAAAAAAUAUUAAAUACCUUUUAAAAAUCUCUAGAAUAUAAAAUAUAACUUGACAAAAAUAUUUAUUUUGACUUCGGCAGUUAAAUAUCAUAUACAUUUUUGACAGAGAUAAUUAUGUUUUAAGUUAGCUUCUCUAAGUAAAUAUCUGUGAUUAUUAUUUAUUGU